AUGGUCAAGGUUCUCCUCGUUCUCUACGACGGCGGCAAGCACGCUGAGGAGGUCCCUGAGCUUCUCGGUACGACCGAGAACGAGCUCGGCAUCCGCAAGUGGCUCGAGGACCAGGGCCACACUCUGGUCACCACCUCCGACAAGGAGGGUGAGGGCUCCACGUUCGACAAGGAGCUGGUGGACGCCGAGGUCAUCAUCACAACGCCCUUCCAUCCUGGCUACCUGACCGCCGAGCGCCUCGCCAAGGCCAAGAAGCUCAAGCUCGCCAUCACCGCCGGCAUUGGCUCCGACCACGUCGACCUCAAUGCCGCCAACAAGACCAACGGCGGCAUCACCGUCGCCGAGGUCACCGGCUCCAACGUCGUCUCCGUCGCCGAGCACGUCGUCAUGACCAUCCUGCUGCUCGUCCGCAACUUUGUCCCCGCCCACGAGCAGAUUGUGCGCGGCGACUGGGACGUCGCCGAGGCCGCCAAGAACGAGUUCGACCUCGAGGGCAAGGUCGUCGGCACCGUCGCCGUCGGCCGCAUCGGCGAGCGCGUCCUGCGCCGCCUCAAGCCCUUUGACUGCAAGGAGCUGCUCUACUACGACUACCAGCCCCUGCGCCCCGAGGUCGAGAAGGAGAUUGGCUGCCGCCGCGUCGACACCCUCGAGGAGCUCGUCGCCCAGUGCGACGUCGUCACCAUCAACUGCCCCCUGCACGAGAAGACCCGCGGCCUCUUCAACAAGGAGCUCAUUGCCAAGAUGAAGCCCGGCUCGUGGCUCGUCAACACGGCCCGCGGCGCCAUUGUCGUCAAGGAGGACGUCGCCGAGGCUCUCAAGAGCGGCCACCUGCGCGGCUACGGCGGCGACGUCUGGUUCCCCCAGCCCGCCCCCAAGGACCACCCCCUGCGCUACGCCACGAACCCCUUUGGCGGCGGCAACGCCAUGGUCCCCCACGUGUCCGGCACCUCCCUCGACGCCCAAAAGCGCUACGCCGACGGCACCAAGGCCAUCCUCGACAGCUACCUGAGCGGCCGCUUCGACUACCGCCCCCAGGACCUGAUUGUCCACGGCGGCGACUACGCCACCAAGGCCUACGGCCAGCGCGAGAAGAAAUAA